CUCGAAUAAACGAUCAUGUUUACAGAUAAAUCAACCCCGUUUUGCGACAAAUGCAAUGCCGUUCUAUUCGAUGACUCCAUAAGAGGAGGCUCGAUAGCCCAAAGGGAUAAUGGCGAAGAAUACCUUAGAAUAGGCGAUAAAGACGAAUCCGAGAGCUUUGAUAUCGGUUUCCAAUUCAAAGAUUCGUAUCCUGGUCUCCCUUCAUUAUCAAAGUCUGCGAAAGCUGGAUGCAAGUUCUGCAGCUUCCUCAAAGAAACGGUUGUAAACCUCGACCAAAAUUCUAAUUUAUUCGAGCCCAGGCUUGAUGUAACCGAGAUUGAAGAUGUAACUGAGAUUCAAAUAAACAUGGAGUAUGCGUGGCAGAGAAAUGUGUACAAGACGGCAAAUGGACUUCAUGCACUAGAAAUCAACAUAUACGGGAAUGAUAGUGAAGGCCAGGAGCGUACAGGAGCCACUGUGACAUGCUCUGUCGAAUCAGCUCCAGGCCCAUGUGCUAGUUGGCUUCGUCUGAAUAUCAACAGACCUGGCUGCGUAUUGAGACCAGAUACUAUCUCCUGGAUUCAAAAUAAUCUAGACUCGACGGCUGAGGACUUUUCAAGAACACACCCUGAUAAAGAAUUCGUACCAACUCGUUUGGUACGUGUUGAUUGUCAACCUCCUCGGUUGAUAGAAACGCGUCAUAGUCUCAGCCAAGGAGACAAAGGAUCAUUUCGGUAUGCAGCUAUCAGCUACUGCUGGGGGUCACCGGAGCAGGCCAGGUCGCAGUUGAAGACAGAGAGAUCAUCAUUAUCGUCAAGACUCUCAUCCAUAGAGGAGCACGAGAUGACCCAAGUGCUGAAGGAUGCAGUCACAACAUGCCGUGCUCUUGCCAUAUCGUACCUGUGGAUAGAUACACUAUGCAUUAUCCAAGAUAAUUCACAGGACUGGGACCGAGAGUCGGCGUCAUUGAGCCAAAUAUACGGCAAUGCUUACUUAACUAUAUGCGCAUUAUCGUCGGAUUCUUGCAACGGAAGUUUUCUUAACCGGGAGCCAGCACAAAUCGAAAUACCUUUUACAUCGAAAGUGAGACCUGAUAUCCGCGGAUCAUACAACUUAAGGGUUGAUCCCUUUCUGCGCUACUAUGAAAUGCCAGGCGAGGAUGUCGGGAGAAGCACAUGGGAAAGCCGUGCCUGGACUUUCCAGGAGAAGGCUGCGUCGGUACGGAUGCUAGCGUUUAACAAGUCGGAUAUUCACUUCAUCUCCCCGUGGAGAAAACAGACACAAUACGAAGGAGAUAUGGAGUUUUACGACCGCAGCUAUUUUCAAAUAGCCCAGCUAGGAUGUUACAAGGACGAUACUGAUCAAGUUAUAGAUUUAUGGUACAAUAAAGUGCUCCCCGGAUAUUCUAAGAGGCUGCUGACGCAUAAGAAAGACCGUCUCCCAGCUCUUUCCGGAAUCGCACAGCACUUCAGUAGAUUGUUAGACGACGAGUAUCUCGCUGGUCUCUGGAAGCGCGAUUUAUAUCGGGGCCUAUCUUGGAACUGCUCGUACGACAAUCCUCAACCGUGGGACGAUUUAAUAGGCCGACUUGGAAGUCCCUCCGAAUACGUAGCCCCUUCAUGGAGCUGGGCUACCUAUACUGGUCUCACGGAUUUCAGUUUUGGCACAUCGCAUGGUAGCAUCUACAUGUCGGAGGCUGCUAAAAAACGGGAAAAUCUUCGGAGUGAAUGUCGUGUUUUGAAAGUAAACGUCACUCCGAAUGGCGUCGACCCGUUUGGUCAGAUCAAAGCAGCGUCAUUGCAGAUUACAGCCAAGAUCUGCUCUUUGCCAGCCGAUAUAUACCCUUCCGAGAGAAAACUGACAGAAGCUACUGUCGGCAACUGCUUGGACCCUUUUGCGUAUUGCUGUCUCGAUUGGAGACCAAACAUCCUAAGGGAGCCUCGGAGAGAAGUAAUGAUGUUAUUGCUUGGGACUGUUGCAGUAUUAAUCCAUAAAGUUAAGUCCUACGGUAUAUGGGCUUUUGGUCUACUCAUCAAUCCCGUCCCCGAAAAAGAUAAAUACCAUCGGGUUGGGAUCUUCUGCUCGGCACCGCGCCAGAGAUGGAGUACUCGUUUAUUCAACGAUUGCCCGGAGAGGACUGUCGUUCUCAUCUAAAUUUAUCGCAUAUAUCGAUAUUUUCGAUAUACCAACCAUGUGAAUCGUCUUAAAGAAUAUUUCUAACGGUAUUCUUUUAAACGGACAUCUCCAAGAUCUACAGAUUCCCCCUUGUUUUAAGUUAUAACCAAGUGGAGAUCUAGAAAGUUGCUUGGGCCUCCGACGUUUCUCACCGUUGAAACUCUACGGCUUGUGACUUUUCGAUUUGGAGAAAGGCAAAGCUUUUGUGUGGGGCGCCGAGCAAAUCCGGGGUUAUCCAGACUUCCCAUUCGCCUAAACAUUCCAAAUCUUGAUCUUGUUCACAAAUAUCUAGACUACACAUCCUCUAAAAAAAGCC